UACAGUUCUAUAUAGUGUGCACUGUUAAAUAUACAACAAACAAGUUCGUACCAGCUGUAAACAGACAGAUUAGAGUUAUGUCAACAUUGAUGCAAUAUUGACAAAUACGUAAACUAAACUAUUUCAAGCAUAAUAGAACAAAGUGGUUGAACAGUGGAAUACAGCAUGGAACCAGAACAAGUAAAAUCUUUGGUGAAGGCAAGUCACGAAGCGAAGAACAACUCUUAUUCUCCUUACAGCAAAUUCCGUGUUGGUGCUGCACUGCUCUGUCAAGAUGGCACGGUAAUUAAAGGAUGUAAUGUUGAGAAUGCUUCUUAUGGUUUGACCAUUUGUGCAGAAAGAACCGCUCUAGUGAAGGCUAUAUCUGACGGUCAUAAACAAUUUAAGGCAAUUGCCAUAGCCAGUGAUAUGUCAAGCUCUAUGAUAGCACCAUGUGGGGCAUGUCGCCAGUUCCUGGUAGAGUUUGGUGUGGACUGGGACGUGUAUAUGACAAAACCAGACCAUUCAUAUAAAAACAUGAAGACUGGUGAUCUUUUACCUCUUUGUUUUGUACCGGACAGUCUCGACGAGGAAAGAAUAAGUCAUUCUGCAUAAAUUAGAAAACAUAGUUUCAAAUAGACAAUCACCAGAGAGAAAAUUUUCAAAAUUUUAAUGUUUGAAGUAGAUGGUGGUAGUAUACAUAUCACCUAAAAUGUAAAACUUUAGGCUGUGUAUUUUAUACUUGUUACUUUUUUAAGUUAGCUUGUUACAUAUAUUAAUAAUAAUAAUAAUAAUAAUAAUAAUAAUAUCUUCUUUUUUUAAAGAUGGUAACACAUAUAGGUAUACCAUCAUCGAAAACAAAUAACAUAUCUUAAUUAUAAAUGUGGCCUUUUUUAACAAUAUAUAGAUUUACAAACACAAAACAUCAUAAAACAAAUUAAGAUUUUGUCCUAUAAUUUUUUUUAUAAAUGCUCCUGUUGGAUAUAAAAUUUCAUUUAUACAAUUUUUAUUUUCAAAUAUAACACAGAUAUAUUAACAAAUAUACAUGUAUAAAGUAUUAUAACAUAAUGACAGAGUUAUGAAGAUAUAAAAUUUUAUUUGAUUAGCAAGAUACGUUUUU